ACUGUCAGCGUUGACAGUUUGAACUUCUCAUGAUCGAUUCAUGUUCUCGAUCUUAUAUUUGUUUCGCUAAAUUGUUAAUAGAUCAUGGACGAACCAAACAGGAAGCGGAAAAGUAACGAAGACAGAAAUGAAUCGGAUAAAAAACGGGGAAAAGUUGACUUGGAAGUAUCGAAAACUAGCGAAACUUCAGCUAACUUAACGACUAGUUCGAAUGAAACUUGCCCCAUAUGUUUGAGCUCCGUUCACAAAAGGCUGUUGGGGAUACCGAAAAAUUGCAGGCAUCGUUUCUGUCUUUACUGUAUCAGAAAGUGGUCGAGGAAGAAGAAUACUUGUCCGGUUUGUAGAAAAAAAUACAGCUCGAUUAUAGUCAGAAGCCGAUAUACAAGACGAAGAGUGAGACAGCUUCCCAUAAGUAAGAAGGCAGGUGCCACGGAGGAUUCCAGAUACACGGCGUUUGUGGAAAUGAUUUCCAGGGCGUUAGUGAAUUUAGUAGGCAAUCUGUUCGUGGCGACACAUUGAUAAAUUUUGUAUAAUAUUCGUAUUAGGACACAAGGAAAUAAAAAUAUAAAAUUA